AUCACGAAUAUGCCCAUUCGACUUGCAGCGUUCUCCGACCACUCAGCCAUAGCCACAGUAUGCAGCGCAGCAUUCUUCGACGAAGACCUCUUCGGUCGGGUAAUGCACCCCCAUCGUCACAAAUACCCUAAUGAUCCGACACUCUGGUGGCAUGCACAUGAUGGAGGGAAAGAAAAGGUGGUGGGUGUAGGAAUAUGGGAGAGGCAAGGCAAAGGAGGCAAGAAGAUGCAACUCAGCAUCAUAGACCCACGCAAUCUCCUCACCACCCUCACUAAAAUAACGAACCGCAUCAACUCCAUCCUCUACCCCAACCGCGCCCUGGACGCCUCAAAAUCCCACCUUCUCUCAGCCGGAAUGCCGUUCUCGCGCCACCACUGGGCCGGAGAGCGGGAAGACAACUGGUACCUGUCUCUGCUCGCCGUCCAUCCCGAUUGGCAAGGACACGGCUUCGGACGCGAACUUGUGGAGUGGGGUCUUCAGCAGGCGGAGAAAGAGAAUGUGCAUGCGAGUGUGAUGAGCAGUGACGGGAAAGAGAAUUUCUACCUCAAAUGUGGGUUCGAAGAGAUUGUGGGGAAUGCGACAGAAGGAGAGGGCAAUCCUUUGGCGGGCAUUCGUGGAGGGGCCAUUUUGUUCAGGUAUCCUAUGCAUGGUGUUGAAGCUGGAAGUUAGAGCCUAAACGGCG